GGAAGCAAGGACUGGAGGGUUGUUGAAGACUGCAACAAUGGCCAGCCGCAGAGCUGCUUUGAAAGCAAUAGACUGGGUGGCUUUUGCUGAGCGAGUGCCUCCCAAUCAGAAACCCAUGUUCAAUGCCCUGAAAACACGCAGUGAUACACUCUCAGCCAAGCUUGCUUCUUUGCCAGAAUCUCCCCCAGCCAUUGACUGGGCUGCUUACAAAACUGCGAUCGCUAAAGCUGGCAUGGUGGAUGAAUUUGAGAAGAAGUAUAAGGCAUUGAAGGUUCCUCAGCCUGUGGAUAAUCAGACGGCUAAGAUACAAAGCCAAGAACAAGAGGCUAACAAGAGUGCGGCUUCCUAUAUAGAAGCCUCAAAAGCCCGUAUUGUCCAGUACGAGAAGGAGCUUCAAAAGUUUAAAAACAUGAUUCCUUUUGACCAGAUGACAAUUGAGGAUUACAACGAGGCAUUUCCUGAAACUAAACUGGAUAAAGAAAAAUAUCCAUAUUGGCCAUACAAGCCUAUUGCGGACUUGUGAAACCUCUGUGUCUGGAAGCACUUUGUGAUGAUGGUCAAAUAUAGAAUCUGUUAAAUAAAGUAAUUGUACUAGA